AUGAAUGAUCAAGGCUCAAUUGUUACCAAUGAAAGGGAGGAGGAUUUCAAAAAUGAUAUAAUCACAUCGAGUGCUGAAGAUACGACCACCAGCAGCAAAGUAUACCACGACGGAGGAGACUUUGAAACAAGUGUUCAAGAGGAAGAGGAAGAGGAAGAGGAAGAGGAAGAGGAAGAGGAAGAAGAAGGAAAUGAUGUCGAUGAUGAUGAUGAAGAAGAAGAGGGAGCACCAGAAGGGGAAGAGGGAAACAGUGAACGAACUAAAGUAUACAAGCGGAUCCUACUACAACGAUUCACUGUUUACAACUCUGCCUCUACAAUGUACAUUGUUGGGUCCAACGCUAAAGAAUCGUUGUAUCGGAUUUUGGAGAUUGCCAAGGACGUUGAGGAUGAGCAACUGUUGUCUAUUAUCGAAGACAAGAGUUAUUUCUACACGCGUAAGGAUAUGAUUGAAUUGCUCAAUGGGCUAAACGAUUCAGUCGAAGGUGGGCUACAUAAACUAGCACAAGGGUUUGGAUUAUUAGGGUUGGUUAGAUUCACCAAGGGGUACUACUUGAAUUUAAUCACUAAAUGUUCUCAAGUGGCAAUACUAGGCGGGCAUUUCAUUUACCAUAUAGAUGAAACCAAAUUGAUUCCGUUGGGAACAAAUUAUAGGCGACCCGAAAAGUAUAGUGAUGAAGAGAAGUUGCUUUCACUCUUUCGAUAUAUGGACUUGAGCAAGACUUUUUAUUUCAGUUACAAUUACGAUAUAACCAAUUCGAUGCAGACUAAUUUCAUGCGUCAUAAGCUAUACAAUUGUCCUGAUCAACAUGCCAAAGUACAGAACAAACUAUACGGCAACUUUGAUUAUAAUGAACGAUUUGUUUGGAAUAAUUUAUUGUUGAAGCCAAUAUUGGAAAGUGAUGAUGUUGCCACAUUUGAGUGGUUUCAACCUAUUGUUCAUGGCUUUAUCGAUCAGGCCAAUAUCUCAAUAUAUGGAAGAAAGUUUUACAUCACUAUAAUUGCCCGCCGGUCGCAUCAUUUUGCUGGUGCUCGUUUCUUGAAGCGUGGUAUCAAUGAUAAGGGCAAUGUAGCUAAUGAGAUUGAAACAGAACAGAUUGUUAGCGAUAUGUUGACCUCGAGUUUCCAUGAUCCCAAGUAUGGAAUAUAUAAUAAUCCCAGGUACACCAGCUUUGUCCAACAUCGAGGAUCGAUCCCUUUAUUUUGGACUCAAGAUAUGAAUAAGUUGCCCAAACCACCUAUACAAAUUAAUUUGCCUGAUCCAUUUUAUCAAAGUUCUGCUCUCCAUUUCGAUGAUUUAUUUUAUCGGUAUGGAUCGCCAAUCAUCAUUUUGAAUCUAAUUAAGCAAAAAGAGAAACAGCCAAGAGAACUGAGAUUGAAUGUACAAUACAUUAAUUGUGUCAAUUAUCUUAAUCAGUUUUUACCUGAAAGGAGCAAGCUACAAUACCGAUCAUUUGACAUGUCUAAAAAUUCGAAAAAGAAUAUGGAUGUGAUUACUCCAUUGCAAAACAUUGCCCAUGAGGCUAUAAGUCAGAUUGGUAUUUUCCAUAAUGGCACUACCAUUAACAACACUCGACUACAAAAGGGGAUAAUUAGAACAAAUUGUAUCGAUUGUUUAGAUCGUACAAAUGCGGCGCAAUUUAUUAUAUGUAAAGAAGCCUUGACCAAGCAAUUGCGAAGUUUGGAUUUGAUAUCUGUCGGUAAAACGCUAGACUAUGAAUCUGAUUUAAUCAAUAUCUUGACGGAGAUUUUCCAUGAUCAUGGGGAUACAAUUGCCAUACAAUAUGGUGGAUCUAAUUUAGUCAACACCAUGGAUUCGUAUCGACGGAUUAAUCAAUGGUCAUCCCAUACUAGAGAUAUGUUAAACAGUAUUAAACGAAUGUAUUCCAACUCAUUUAUGGAUUCCAUUCGACAAGAAGCAAUCAAUUUGUUUUUGGGCAACUAUAUAUAUUCUGCAGAAAAGCCCAAAUUAUGGGAAUUGAGUAAUGAUUUUGGAUUGCAUUUUAAUUUUGAUUUGGAAAUGAAACCAAAGAGGAGUUAUACACAUUGGUUUAAUGAGGCAAAUUUAAAAGAUGAUAGAUUUCGGAUCAGAGCAAGAAGCGACGAGGAAGAUAAACUGAAGUGGAAGGAGACUCACCACCCUGCUGAGUCUAAUGACAAAUGGUAUAAUGAAUGCUACGCUCCACGUAAAUAUCAAUCAUUUACUGAUUUGUUUCAAUUCAACAUGAAUUCAAAUUCCCAAUAUUUCCCACUGUUACUGCUGUUGCUGCAGCUGCACUUGGAUCUGCAAUUGCAACCGCAUCUGCGACUGAAACUGCAACUGAAACUGAAACUAAAGCUGAGCCUGCAACUGCAACUGCAGCUGCUGGUGAAUGAAGACAUACCCAUACGAUUUGAUUACAGUCCGUUUGAAAGUCGCAAGUUGAAACAUUCGGAUAAAGCAGUCGGUGGUGAAGAGAUUUCGUAUUUGGAGCACCUGUUGAGCCAAUGUGGUAAUGAUUGUGAAUCUGUUCCACGUAAAGGUAAACGAGUGGUUCGAAGCUCAAGUGGCAAAUAUAAUCCCAAGAACAUCAAGACCUUUCUUGCUUCUAAAAUCACCGCCAGGCAAAAUACAAAAAAGUUGGGCAAACACGAGCGGCAUUACCCUGGCUCUAAAUCGCAUAAUCUGGGCUCAGAACACCGUAGCAAACUAGGUAAUGCUAGUGGUAAUGAAGGUAGUGGUAGAGAUGAUGAUGUUAAUGCCUUUUCAUCAUCAUCAACGCCACCGACUGUUGAUGAUUCAAAUGCAAAUUUGUACGCAUCUCAAUUUGAUCUAUCGAGUUUAACCAAAUCGUUACCAAGUUAUAAUUACUCAAGUUAUGUUUCUUAUAAAACCACCAGGUUUAAACCUCUGUUUCAGGAUCAAGAAAUCUACAAAUUGUCAUCCUGUGUUGAUCAGUUGACUGGCGGUACGGGCAAGUUACACGGUGAUAGCAAUGGUUCAUUACGAAGUUCAUUUAUUAAUAUGGUCAACACUCAAGACUUGAAGACUUAUUUACAUUAUAUUAAUGAUGAGGAAAAGUUGUUGGAGUUAGGAACUGAUCAUAAUUACAUAUGA